CCAGAUCUACCGAGCCCUUCAAGUUCGUUCCCGGGUCUGCCGCCAUGGACUGGGCGGCCUCUUCGCCGCUGGUGGACGAAGACCAUGUUCAACAGCUCAAAGAGCAGGGCUGGUUCAUCAUUGAUGACUUCCUGCCAGAAGAGUUGGCAGUCUCCUUGCGGGCAGAGGCCAAGCAAGCCUAUGAAGAUGGGAAGUUCUCGCAGCACCGCUUCCAGUUCGGCAGCGGCACCUUUGAGAAACCGUCCAUCUUCGAAGCAGACCUCCACGACGAGACCUUGCAGGAGCCGCUGGCGUCCUUUGCGGAACUGCUCUUCGAAGAGUCCUUAGGCCAGCGGCUGAACCAUUGGUGGCCCGAGCUUGCUUUGGAGGAAGGUUUUAGGGCGAAGACGCUGAAGGUGCAGCGGAAUGGCGGACAAGGAGGCUGCUUUCCGUGCCACUAUGACAACAGUGGGCCUCCAAGCAAGAGGAGCAUCACAUGCCUGGUCUACUUGAAUCCUGAUUGGACAGAUGGUGAUGGAGGUGAGCUGGUCUUGCACCCUUUCCUGGAACCUGACAUCAUCAUUGCUCCGCUCAUGCGCCGGGCAGUGUUCUUCCGAAGUGAUUUGAUCCUCCACUCCGUCCGCCCCUCGUCCGCGGAGCGCUUUUGCUUCACGUUGUGGCUGGAUGGACCGACGAAUUCUCGGGAGGAUGUCAACCUCACAGCGAAACUGUUGAGGAGUGAGUUGGAGACCGUCGACUUCUUGAAACGAAGCCCGGUGCAACGCUCGGUGUCACGGGCAGUGAACUCGGAGCUGUAUGAGGAGUCUUUGCUGGCCUGCAUGUCUGGUAUGCCAGGCUGCGAUGAGAUGUUGCAGGGGCAUCGCCAGCACGUGACACAACAGCUUGCACAUCCACAGCUGGGCCCCUUCGUGGAGUUCUUGAGAAGCUUCACCUGCAGUGAAACGGUUCGCCUGUGUGAACCGCUGACAGCCGAUGUCUUCAGACGAAAACAGGACUGGGCGAGACGACGCGUGGACUUUGCUUGGACUCUCGGGUCCAACAACAAUCAUCCUGUGAGGUCCUGUCGGGUUGUUUGGAAAUUUUGGAUUGACGAUGAUUGA